AUGAGCCACACGGUGGAUGAUCAAAACAUGGCUUUUAUCUCUCAUCUGUACCCUGAUGUAUACACUCAGAUAGUACCGCAAGGAGAAGUGAAGCCACCGAAGCGAAGGAGGAAGAAGAGCAAGAGAGCGGUGGCUGCCGGAGAUGGAAGCAACUGCUUGUUUAGGAAGAGAAAGCUUACUGAUGAGCAAAUGAACAUGUUGGAGGUGAGUUUUGGUGAUGAGCACAAGCUUGAGUCGAUGAGGAAAGAUAAACUUGCGGCGGAGUUAGGGCUUGAUCCUCGUCAAGUUGCCGUUUGGUUUCAGAAUCGUCGUGCACGGUGGAAGAACAAAAGGCUCGAGGAAGAGUACAACAAACUCAAAAACUCACAUGAUAACGUCGUUGUCGACAAGUGCCGACUUGAGUCAGAGGUUCUUCAGCUCAAGGAACAACUCUAUGAUGCAGAGAGAGAGAUCCAAAGACUGGCAGAAAGAGUAGAAGGAGGCUCUAGUAGCAACAGUCCAGUUUCUUCUUCAGUCUCCGUUGAACACAAUGAAACGCCGUUUUUUGGAGACUAUAAAGUUGAAGAGGACGGUGACGACUACGAUAACAUGGUUUAUCCGGUGCCGGAAAACACCUACAUGGAUGGAGCGGAAUGGAUUAAUUACCAGCUUAAUAUAAUCUUUUAAUUUUAUCAGUGAAAGUCGCGAAUUAGGGAAUAAUAUUUUAAGUGAAUCAAUUAAUAGACUAUAUAGUUGCUGAAUUUCUUAUUUACAAAUAAAUAUAACGCCGAUAUAUUUCAUGCUUGUGUAAUUUGGCAGUCUUGUAUGCAUGUAAGCAACAUUUGCUCAUGUAGUUAUAUUGAGCCACUUUCUCUGGCA